AUGGACUCAGAUGUGCACAUGUUUCUGACAGGUUACCACCAUGUCGCCUUUCCCGACCUGUCUGACGGCCGCAGCCGCAACCGCAUUCAUGAUCACUCUGCUACUUACGAUUGUGGUAUAGAUCUACCAGGAUCCGCUGCCCUACUACUUGCCUCGUUUUGUAACAUAUUAGGCUUGUACUCCGCAUCUUCCGACAUCUUGCUUGGGAUUCUAUCAGCAGGCACAAUUCUCCCCUGUCGUUUCUGUUGGAAUCCCGAAACAGUUUGGGGCGACCUAGUGGAUGAGGCUCGUCGUUCACUCGACAGAAUCGCGGGCCCAAAUUUCACCGAGUCUGAGUUGACGACUGAGCUCGGCUUGAAAGAGGACCAGUCACCGUUCACUGCCCUCUUCGUCCUUGAUGGACCAGAGAAUGUAAACAUUCCCGACGACCUUCUUGGAUCUCCUUUGCUUUUGUUCGAUCCUUCGACAGCUUUGCUCUCUAUCUGGACAUCAUCGCACCUUGUACAUCCUGCCGUAGCCGAUCAGCUACUUUCCCAGAUAGCCUUUCUGUCGGUGCACGCAGCUCAAAAUCCAAUUUCAAAGAUUUCAUCACCUCCUUCCUACCCAACUGAUUUUGCAUCUGCCCUCCAAUGUCUUUCCUCAGAGGCUCGUGCGUCUGUUUAUGAUCACAUCCGUCCAGUUGCCAUUGCCACAGACUUUAUCCUCCCCUACGUUCAAGCCGAUCCAGAUUCCCCAGCAGUGUGUUGGUACUCUGCUUUGACAACGGGACCUAGAGACAAUCUCGUCUCCGAAACAUUGUCUUAUGGCGAUCUCCAUGUCCAAGCCAACAAACUGGCUCGAUACCUGAUAUCUCAGCAGUUGAAGCCCGAGGAUAGGGUUGCUGUAUGCAUGGAUCGCAAUCCGCUGUUUCACAUAGUCCUGUUUGGAGUUUUGCGCGCCGGAGGUUGUUAUGUUCCGAUCGAUCCCGAGCUUCCUGAUGAAAGGAAGUCAUACAUUGCAAAAGACUCAGGCGCUAAAUUUGUCGUUUUGGAGUCUCAUAGGCACUCCCCUGAGAUAUUUGGGGACGUCGUCCUCGAUCUUGACAAUGAUCGUGUCUCACGAGACAUACAGGCAAUGCUUACAGCCGAUCUAGAUGUUGCACUUCCAAACAAUCUGGCGUAUAUGCUCUACACGUCUGGCACCACUGGCAAUCCAAAAGGCUGUCUUCUCACCCAUGAAGGUCUCGCGGAAGCGAUACUAGCGCUAAGCUCCUUCAACGCCGCUGUUCAAAUGGAUAAUAUCCGAGAUGGAAGGUAUCUCAGCAUUGCCUCUGUUGCAUUCGACGUACAUCUCGCGGAGAUCUUUGUGUCUUUCUCUCUGGGCAUGGUGGUAGCUUCUGCGCCACGAAGAAUACUGCUGGAGAACCUUCCUUAUUAUAUCAGUCUUUUGGGCGUGACGCACGUUGGAAUCGUGCCCAGCCUGAUUGACGCGACCAUGGGCACCAUUCAAGAUGACGAAGCGAUGGCUAAUGGAAUGAAACUGCGAUUAAUCGCCAGUGGUGGAGAGAAAAUCAGCGACUCAAUUCUAGACAAGUGGGCGAAUCAUCCCAAAGUCAGACUUGCAAACUUCUAUGGGCCCAGCGAGGUAACCAUAGGAUGUUGUGCUCGUUUUAUGGAUGGCAACACACCCAAAAGCAACGUUGGGCCAGCAUUCGUUAAUGUUGCGUCUUAUGUCGUUAAUCAGAACCUCGAUAUCUUGCCGCGGGGAGCCGUCGGAGAGCUCAUCGUUGGUGGCCCCCUUGUCGGGCGCGGCUACCACGGACGUCCGGAUCUAACGGCUAAAGUAUUUAUCGAAUGGCCGCAGAAAGGUUCUUGGGCGUAUCGUACAGGGGAUCUAGCGCGAAUGAUGCCGAAUGGAUCAUUGGAAAUAAUCGGCAGAAUCGAUACUCAGAUCAAGCUGCGCGGAGUGCGCAUCGAGGCGGAAGGGAUAUCUGCUGUACUUCAGCGAGCUGCUCAGUCCUGCCUGCAGAUCAAUCUUGAUGUCGGGACUAUUAUUGGGACCCAUCCAGAGAUUGGAGGCGGCAGUUCACCGCAGCUCGUUUCUUUCAUUUCCUGGGACACGGGAGUAUCGAUUGCUACGAGACGGGGCAGUUCUAGGCCAGGACCAGUGAAGUUAGAGAAGGACCUCUCGCGCGUUUUGCAUGAUGCCUGCGAAAAGGAACUAGCAAGUUAUAUGCGCCCUGCCCAUAUAAUAGCCCUCAGUUGGCUUCCGCUUAUCUUGGCCUCCGUUUUUUCAGAACUGGAAUUUAACAAAUUGAUCGGACUAGCUGAAGACCCUACUGGCCACCUCUUGAGAGAAAGCUUUGCGAUUACGGGUUCUGGCGGACCUAUUGGUGUGCACACUAGCUUAUUCGCGCUUGGAAUGGACUCCUUGUCACUCGCACGGCUUGCAUUCACACUCAAGGGGACCUUUAAUAUCAACAUAACUGUCGCAGAAAUCAUGAAGUCUCCCACUGUCCGGGGUCUGUCCACUCGAUUGGAAGGUCUCGUCGUUUCGCGACCAGAAGCAGAUGUACCGAAUAUCGACAACUUCUCGUCACUAUGGAUGCCAGAAAUUCGGAAGAAAAUGCCGCAUCUCCAUAUAGAGCGUGUUCUUCCCUCUUACCCUAUCCAGGAGGGUGUUCUUUAUCGCUCUGAGAGCUCGCCGACGAUGUGUGUGCAGCAUGUCGUAAUGCGAGUUCGAGAUGACGUCUCUAUACCGCAAUUGCAUAGCGCCUGGAAGAAAGCUGUGGCAGAUAUCGACAUUCUAAGGACUGUAUUUUUCUUCGGCAAGACCUUGGUUCAGGUGCUUUUGUCACGUACCACCUGUCACCUUCAUUGGGAAGAAUCUUCCGUUGCGGCGAGCGACGAUGAAACCUUUUCCAACUAUUUCUUUGACGAGGAAGCCGCGAAAGUUGCUGUGGAGAUCAACGCCCUCAUUACCUCUGUACCGCCCGUUCGUCUUCGGCUCUACCGCCAAUCCUGCGGCACUUAUAUUGUAUUAUCUAUUCAUCACGCGUUGUUCGACGCUAUCUCUUUGCCUCGCAUACUGAAGUAUGUCGAGGACGCAUGUCUCGACAAGCCGCUUCAGAAACUAGCCCCUCCCGAUCAGAUAUUGGAGCACGUAACGUUCCGGGACUUGACUCCUGCUCGGGAUCAUUGGACGUCGACUCUUCGUAAUUUCAACUGGUCUUACCGCGAUUUGAUGAAUGUGACCCAACCAGCUUCUCCUAAACGGACUUCUAUCAUCUUUGAUACCCCGCUUUCAUACUUCCAACAAAUGCUUGCCCACUGCCAAGUGACAUUGCAAGCCGCAUUGACAUGCACGUUUGCUUCGGUUCUUGCAAACCAUCUGUGCCAGUCCGACGACUUAAUCUUUGGGACCAUCAGAUCAGGGAGGUUAGCACCUGCUGAGGGUAUAAGCGACGCUCUCGUCCCUCUACUAUCUCUUGUCCCUGUGCGCGUGAACCUCAACAACCCUGAUUGUCUUCGUAAAGUUCAGGAUGACAUCAUUGCCGCAAUUCCCUUCGAAAAUGUUUCUCUUGGGCAGGUGCAGAAAUGGGUUAGACCGGGUGCUGCUUUAUUCGAUAUUCUUUUCUCGGUCAUGUACAAAGAUGAACUUGCGUACGAGCUUUUUGAUGUCGUGCGGAGUGAAUUGCCUCAGCCUGACUUCUUCCUGUCCGUGGAGAUUGUGGUGGACGUUCCAAAAGAUCAGCUCGUUGUCCGGGCAGCCUUCUAUGGUGAUGAAUCGCAAGUUGCCAAUAUCGAAUCGAUGCUUCUUCAAUUCGAGUCUGAGGCUCGCGGUGUGGUGACUUCUGGAGUACCCCAUGUCGAUGUUCCACAGAAGUCCCUAGUCAAGCGAGCGGAAUCCGCACCAUCAGUCAAUACCGCUAAUGGCAUACACAAUUCUAAUGGGGAAAGGGGCAUCAGUGUAGCUCUGCACUCUGUGAGGAAGAUCAUAGCCCAGUUUUUGGGCGUUGAUCCCCAACGGCUAUGGUCGAGAACAUCAUUUAUUGCUCUGGGUCUCGACUCCAUCAGGUCGGUGGGGCUUUCACGAGCACUCAGGGAAGAAGGAUACCAUGUAACUGCAGCAGAACUUAUGAAGUCAGCAUGUCUGGCUGAACUGGAGUCUUUACCGAUGCUACUUCAAGAUGCUGGUCGUGCGCAGUUGGAGUCGGAAGCUCGGGAUCAAUUUCAAGAAGAAUGUCGCAUACUAGAGUCCCAUUUCGACGUCUCCACCUGUCGGUUCUCUGAUCGUGAUGAAGCCAGAAUAUUUCCAACGACUGCUUUACAGGCAGGGAUGUUAUCACAGACGGUUGUCUCCUCGGGUUUACUCUAUAAUCAUGUAUUCAUGUUCAAGCUAACAUCUUCCGUGGACCACGCCCGUCUUCGUCAAGCCUGUCAAUCCAUUGUCACGAGCUUUGACAUCUUCAGGACAACAUUCCAUUACAUCAUCGACUUGGGAAAAUGGGCGCAAGUUUCGCAUUCUGAUGCGCCCAUGACUUGGAUCGAGGUCCCUCUGCACGCUGGAGAAUCUCUAGAUGCCAUGAUCCAAACUGUCACUGGAUCAACGAGCGUAUCAGAGCAGGGAACGUUCACACCUUCAUUGGCUUUUAGCUUGGUCGAACAGCAGGAAGACACCGGGAUCAAGAACUACACCUUUGCAAUUGCCAUGCAUCAUGCUACAUAUGAUGGUAUUUCCAUCGGAACGCUGCUCGAAGAGUUGGAGCGGGCGUAUCUAUCCCGUUCUUCCACGAAACUACCUCAGUUCUACGACGUGCUUCCUUUGAUACUGCGAGAAGAACGUCAAAGCAUUCCCUUUUGGGCCCAAUACCUGCAAGACUUUCAUCCUGUUCCAUUACCCCGCGCGGAGUCUACACAGUCUUCGUCGGUCGUCUGUUCUCGUCGAUUGAAGUUAAACCACCAUGUUCUGAAGAUGGCUGCCAGUGAUGCGGGUGUCACCCUUCAGUGUUUGGGGCAGGCGGCUUGGUCAAAGUUUCUCUCAUCGAAAGUGUCUUCCCAUGAUAUCAUGUUCGGGCACGUUGUCUCUGGACGCUCUUUCCCAGGCUACGAAGACGUUAUUGGACCCAUGUUGAGCACUAUACCAUGUCGUGUUCGUAUCGGCGAAACUGCGACCAACAGGGAUUUAUUGCGUUCUAUCCAUGCAAAUAACUUGGCCGCGUUAGAAUGGCAACAUGCUUCACUUCGUGACAUUCAGUCCGAGACGGGGCUCUUUGAUCUAUGGGACAGCAUAUUUGUCUUCCAACCUCUACAGUCCAUAUAUUCAAGUUCUUUGUGGAGUAUGCUCAAUCCGGACGAGUUUCAAGCCAACGUUCAGUACCCGUUGAACUGCGAGUUUCACGAAAUGGAUGAUGGGUUUUCUGUGACGCUGGCUUGCCUGCCAAAUAUCAUGGACAUGGAGUCUUUGGAUCAUGAAAUGUCACGGCUUGAGGCUUUCCUCGGUAUCAUUGUAUCCCAACCGAAUGCCAAGGCCGUCGCGGAUGUUCCCUUUGUCGGCAGAAAGCUUCCCCUUCGUAACGGUGUGCUGAAAGCCAGCAUCGCACCCCGCAGAGAGAUUGACCAUUUACCUCCUGCGUUGGUCAACGUCCUGACGUCUGUCGCUAAAUGCUCCGUGGACAAGCUUGACCCGGACAGACCAAUUGCAGCUAUUGGGAUCGACUCGAUCACAGCGAUUCAGCUCAGUGCAAAAUGCAGGGAAGCGGGAAUUGCGUUGACCAUUGCGGAUAUCGUCGCUUGCCGUACAAUCGGUGAUUUGGCUACAAGGGUGGUCGAAGUGGAGAAACAGCCAAAGACUACUAGUUCACCGCGUCUGGAUCACUCAGUCCCUGAGAUCGAUUCUCGAGCUGUCGCUGACAGAUUCCCAUCCGAGCGGCGCGGAGACCUCACAGUUACUCGGGCAGCCCCUGGCAUGAAAUGGCUCAUUUGCGCCUGGCAAAGAAGUCAUUAUGCGCGAUUCCAGCAUGUGUUCGCCUAUAAAAUGACCCAGAAAAUAGACCCCGAACGACUGCGUAGCUCGUGGACGGAGUUCAUUGCUCGACAUCCCAUUCUCAGGUCGACAUUCACCUCCACAAAGUCUCAUUCAGACGUCCACAUAGCGACCUUCAGUACUGACAAAAUGGGAAGCUCGUUUGCCGUUGAGCCCUUCGAUGAUUCUUCCGACAGCACGGAUAACCUGAAGACGCGGAUGCACGCAAUCAUCUCUUACCCACCUCCAAUUGAUGGUCCUCAGACCUGCGGACUACUUUUGAAUGGCUCACACAGCCAAUAUCUACUGAUUAGAAUGCAUCAUUUCCAAUACGAUGCAUGGAGUCUUGCCCUUUUGAUUGAGGACCUCUGUCACAUCUACCUUGGCCAACCCUCGUCGGUCACGUCAGAUUAUGAAACGUUCAUGUCAACAUUUGCACCGACACCAGAAAAUCUCCGGAAACAGCAAGAAUAUUGGCGGUCCAUCUUCUCACCCUCUUUCCGGCCGGCAUACUUUCCUCAGCUCAGACCUCUCGCGGCUCAGGAUAAGAAUAUCUCUCGAACCAAUGUUAUCGCGAGGGAUGUGGUGCAUGGGGCGUCUACUCUUGAACAGCGCGCUCAGGUGCAUGGCGUGUCACUACAGAGCGUUUUGCUGGCAUGCUGGGCAUACGUCCAGUCUUCCUAUAUUUCGCAGGAACAAGUGACAUUUGGGUUAUGGCACGCGGGUCGAACAGGAGCUAUCAAAGAUAUUGACAGAUUGGCAUUCCCAUGCAUGAACGUGCUGCCAAUGCACACUCGUCUUGGAAGCAACAGCAUCAUAGACGUUGCUCGUAACAUUCAAGAUGACCUACGGUUGCGCACUCCUGUCGUCCAGCAGACCGAUCUUCAAAUGAUAGACCAGUGGAUAGGAGGCACCGGUGCACCGUUGUGCAAUGUGUUUGUCAACUUGAUUAGGCCGCUUCCUCCCGAACGAUAUUGCUUCGGAUCUAACUCUUACCUACAGAUCCCCUACAUGAUACCAGAAGGCGUCCCAGGACCCAAUCCAAAAAUUGUCGACUGGAUCCCUAUGUCGAAUCUUAUACAGGACGAUGUUAUGGUUGAAAUUAUCGUACACCCCUCGGAGGAUACAAUAACGAUGGCGAUAGAGAGUGCCCCAGCUAUCAUGGAUACGCAACUCGCCAAGAAAGCUAUUGACUACUGGUCAGAGAUAGUCGGAGGUCUUUGGGAAGGUGCUCUGUCGACAUGAGAACUAUAUUGAUGUAAUAGGUAGU